AUGGCGGCCUCGCCGGCCCGGCCGCGGCCGCGGCGCCUCGUCCUCCUCACCCUCGCGGCGGCCAGCGGCGUGGCGGCCGACGGCUCCGACCACCGGUACAAGAUGAACGAGCCCGUCCCGCUCUACGCCAACAAGGUCGGCCCCUUUCACAAUCCCAGUGAGACAUAUCGUUACUUCGACCUGCCUUUCUGCUCUCCUGAGAAAGUGAGGGAGAAGAGUGAGGCCCUUGGCGAGGUCCUCAAUGGGGAUCGGUUAGUUGAUGCGCCUUACAAGCUUGAUUUCCGUUUCGAAGUUGAGUCCAAGGCGGUUUGCUCAAAGAAGCUUACCAUAGAGGAUGUAGUGAAGUUCCGGAAUGCAGUAGCUAAGGACUACUACUUCCAGAUGUACUAUGAUGAUCUCCCACUGUGGGGGGUUCCUUGCAACAAUCCUCAUGCAGUAUUGAAGAAUGAUUUUGUCAAGUAUGCUCAUGAUGAAGAAGCAGCUGAUGACCAGGAAGAGUCUGGAUGGAAGUAUAUCCAUGGUGAUGUCUUCCGGUUCCCAAAGAAUAAGUCGCUAUUUUCCGCUGCUCUUGGCACAGGAACUCAACUAUUUGCCCUCACAACCUUUAUAUUCCUUCUUGCACUUGUUGGAGUAUUCUACCCUUACAACCGUGGUGCACUAUUUACUGCAUUGGUUGUCAUCUAUGCACUCACUUCAGGAAUUGCUGGAUACAUUGCUACCUCUUUCUAUUGUCAGCUGGAGGGGACAAACUGGGUGAGGAACUUGCUAUUGACAGGAUGCCUGUUCUGUGGACCUCUCCUCCUGACAUUUUGCUUCUUGAACACUGUUGCUAUUGCUUAUAGUGCAACAGCAGCAUUGCCCUUUGGCACUAUCUGUGUCAUUGUGCUCAUCUGGACCUUGGUCACAUUUCCUUUGCUUGUUUUGGGAGGUAUUGCUGAUGGCAAUGGCUGGGUUUUGCCUUUCAGUGCCAUAUACAUCGAGCUAUACUACAUCUUUGCUAGUGUUUGGGGCCACAGGAUUUACACAAUCUACAGCAUUCUGUUUAUUGUCUUUAUCAUCCUCCUUAUUGUCACUGCAUUCAUCACUGUUGCACUGACAUACUUCCAGCUUGCUGCUGAAGACCAUGAGUGGUGGUGGAGGUCAUUCCUAUGCGGAGGAUCAACUGGAUUUUUCGUGUAUGGCUACUGCCUGUACUACUACUAUGCGCGAUCAGAUAUGUCUGGCUUCAUGCAGACAUCUUUCUUCUUUGGCUACAUGGCCUGCAUCUGCUAUGCAUUCUUCUUGAUGCUUGGGAUGGUGGGCUUCCGUGCGGCCUUGUUCUUUGUCCGCCACAUAUACAAAUCUAUCAAGUGUGAGUGA